UCACCUAUGUCUCUUCCUUUUUGGCUUGAAUCAGAUUCAGAGAGCUGUCAGCCCCUUCAGGUACUGCAGUCAAUCACAUAGUUUUGUCAACUAGCCUCUGUCAGCCGAGAUGAACGGUUCAGAUCCAUUGGCCUCGAAGGCUAGUGAGAAGAAUGAUCCGUUUUACAACGCUCCCGCGACUGCUGAGCAUGAAGAACAGUCGAAAGAAGGCCGUGGGGUCUUUGACGUUGAGGGAGUCUCUAUGAACCGAACGAAUGCCAUCUUUGAGAAUCCGUUAGCGGGUGUGCCCAAGGAGAAACUCUUAGAAGACGUUGAGAAGUUCUGCCGUCAGUAUGGUCUCGAAGACCAUCUUGACGUCUUUCGGAAAGGGGCGUUGAUCUCGCAGAACCCUGCUCAAGCUCAGUACCUCACAGAACUCACGGAAGAUGAGAAGGCCGUGCUGCGUCGAGAACAUACCCAUAAAUGGUCUCAGCCGUGGCAGCUUUACUUCCUUGCAACUAUGUGCUCUCUCGCCGCAGCCGUUCAGGGCAUGGAUGAGACAGUUAACAACGGCGCCCAAGCCAUUUACCUCAAACAACUCGGCAUCACCACUGGGCGCUUCUCCACGAGUAUGGCAGACAACAUCACUGGCCUUGUCGUUGGCGCUCCCUACCUAGCCUGUGCAAUCCUUGGCUGCUGGCUCACAGAACCACUGAAUAGAUAUUUCGCUCGACGUGGAACCAUCUUUAUCUCCUGUUUAAUCGCCGCUGUAGCUUCAAUUUGGGAAGGCGUCGCCAAUUCAUGGGUCAAUCUGUUUAUUGCUCGGUUUGUUCUUGGUCUUGGUAUUGGCUCCAAGUCUUCGACGGUGCCUGUCUAUGCAGCUGAAUGCUCACCUGCGCCUAUCCGUGGAGCAUUGGUCAUGAUGUGGCAGAUGUGGACCGCUUUCGGUAUUAUGCUCGGAAAUAUCAUGGGUGUUGCCUUCAUGAGCCUUCCUGAUAAUCUCUCAUGGCGCCUUAUGCUAGGAUCAACCGUUGUGCUACCUUUGCUUGUUUGCGCUCAAGUGUACCUUUGUCCCGAAUCACCAAGAUGGUUGAUCCAACACAACAAAAUCCCCAAAGCCUAUGAGUCUUUCCGGGUUCUGCGGCCGACCGAUCUCCAGGCUGCUCGGGAUCUGUACUAUGCGCAUGUGGGUGUCGAACUUGAACGCAAAAUCAACCGAGGGAAGAAUUUUUUCACCAUGUUCAAAGAGCUGUUUACGGUUCCUCGCAACGCUCGGGCUACCCUCGCAACUUGGAUUGUCAUGUUUAUGCAGCAGUUCUGCGGAGUGAACGUGAUUGCAUACUACUCUACUACUAUCUUCACAAGUUCUGGGUACAGCACCCAGCAGGCUCUUUUGGCAUCUAUGGGCACAGGUAUCUUGAACUGGGUCUUUGCCUUGCCGGCUUUCUUCACCAUUGACACAUGGGGUCGACGCAACCUGCUCCUCUUCACCUUCCCGUGGCUCUCGAUUUUCCUCUUCUGGUCUGGAUUCUCCUUUUGGAUCCAGCCCAGCAAUCCUACGAGCAAAAAGCGAGUUGCAAUGGUUACUACCGGCAUGUAUCUCUUCGAGUGCUUCUAUUCCCCCGGGGAGGGACCGGUUCCCUUCACCUACUCCGCCGAGGCAUUCCCGCUACAUGUUCGGGAGGUCGGCAUGUCGUGGGCCACAGCGACCACAUGGUGCUUCAACUUUAUCCUUUCACUAACAUGGCCUCACCUCCUGACCACCUUCAAACCCCAGGGUGCCUUUAGCUGGUAUGCCACUUGGUGUCUCAUUGGCUGGGUCCUGAUUCUGUUGUUUGUGCCGGAAACCAAAGCUCUUACCCUUGAAGAACUGGACCAAGUCUUCUCUGUCUCCACCAGAAAGCAUGCUGCCUAUCAGCUCAGGAAUGCGGCCUGGCACUUCCGUGUCUGGAUUCUGCGUCAGAAGCUGGAACCAUUGCCCAAGUUCUACGAAGGAGCGGAGAGAUUGGCAGAGGGCGAGUAGCUUUUAUCCUGAUGCCACUACGUUGGCCGUCCUGAGUGGACUGAGAAAAGGCAUGAGUUAAGUAUGCGAAUAGGCUUAGUUAUAUUUUUUGAUGAUUACUAUGAUGAUUUUGAUUUACAAGAACAUUUCGG